AUGUCUCCUGUUCCUUGGACCAUGCAGCUUCGCUCUGCCACAGCCAAACAGAUCCUCAUCAAAACACCUGUCAUGAGAAUCCACUGGAUCAACAAGCAGGGUGAGCGCAAGAUCAUCACGCUCCCUCUCCGCCAGCACCGCUCAGGUCAGACCCCGGAGCAGCGCAAACGCACUCUCAAAACCACCACCAGAAACCUGGUCCAUAACCACGAGCGUAUUCUCCACCACAACAAGCGCGCUCUGAGAAUCCACAUGACCAACGGCGAAGGUCGCCCCAAGACUCUGACCUUUGUCCAUGAGCCAAAAUCUGGCAUCAAGCUUCGCCUACGCAAGGUCAAGCGUUCAAUAUCGCCUGCAGCUGAUCUUCUUAAGGUCUCUGCGCUCCAGAUCAAACUCGAGGGGCAAAUCGAAGGUCACAUCAAGACCGAAGGGCAAGUCGAAGGUCACAUCAAGACCGAAGACAUCUAA